AUGGACGCAGAAACUCUCCAGAAAUACUACUCCCAUCCAUAUGAUCCUCAAUUUCCCCAUUAUGAGCUUGUACAUCACUUGCCUCAGCAUCAAGUUUUUGGAUUACCCGACCCUAAUCUCCAUGUAAAAUCUUCCCCAGAUCUAAAAGAUACUGUUUAUGAUCAGAAGAGAAGACCUGAUGGAGCUGCCACUUUUGCUUCAAACAAUCCUCAACCGGAAACUUUCCCUCUCCAAUCUGAAGGAUUUGGUACAGAAAAAUUUGAGCUAGUAAGAUCGUGGAACCUCAGUACCCCAGAGCAAGCUUUUGCAAAACUCCUGUCUUUGGCAGUGUAUGGAGUAUUCAAAAACAGGCAAGGAUUUGAGAUGACUGCCAAUGCAGAAACUGAAACACAGAUUUCUCAAGCAAUUGAACUACUAAACUACAAUUUGGCUGAAGAAAUUCCUCUAGUUAAAAAACUUGAUAUGACUCGAAAAGCACUACUUGAGGAAAUGAAGGAGGAGAUUUUCAAGAACUUGGAAAACUUUAUCCCAAACGGAAGAUAA